ACCGUUGCUAACGGUCAUUUGUCUCAUUCGUGUUCGAGAAUUCUUGGUCUCAAGUUCUGUCGUUCUGCUGUGUAAAAGGAUUUUUAAACCAUCAUCAUGCGUGAGAUUGUACACCUUCAAGCUGGCCAGUGUGGAAACCAAAUUGGUGCAAAGUUCUGGGAGGUGAUCUCCGAUGAGCACGGAGUCGACCCUACCGGUACCUACCAUGGCGACUCUGAUCUCCAACUCGAGCGCAUCAACGUCUACUACAAUGAGGCUACCGGCGGAAAGUACGUUCCCCGAGCCGUGCUCGUCGAUCUCGAGCCAGGCACCAUGGACUCAGUCCGAUCAGGUCCGUUUGGACAGAUCUUCAGACCAGAUAACUUCGUCUUUGGACAGAGUGGAGCAGGGAACAACUGGGCGAAGGGUCACUACACAGAGGGCGCUGAACUGGUUGACUCAGUCUUGGACGUCGCGAGGAAAGAAGCUGAAAGCUGUGACUGUCUUCAGGGUUUCCAACUUACCCAUUCUCUAGGAGGGGGUACAGGUUCGGGAAUGGGAACACUCCUAAUCAGCAAGAUCCGGGAAGAAUACCCAGAUCGCAUCAUGAACACAUUCAGCGUGGUGCCAUCUCCUAAGGUAUCUGACACAGUUGUUGAACCAUACAAUGCCACGCUAUCGGUACAUCAACUGGUAGAAAACACAGAUCAAACCUUCUGCAUCGAUAAUGAGGCUCUGUACGAUAUCUGCUUCCGUACCCUGAAGCUCACCACACCCACCUAUGGUGACCUGAACCAUCUUGUCUCUGCAACCAUGAGUGGUGUCACCACCUGCCUCAGGUUCCCUGGACAGUUGAACGCAGACUUGAGAAAACUGUCGGUCAAUAUGGUUCCUUUCCCUCGUCUUCAUUUCUUCAUGCCUGGUUUUGCUCCUUUAACAAGCCGUGGUAGUCAGCAGUAUCGCGCCCUCACAGUUCCGGAGCUGACUGCGCAGAUGUUCGAUGCCAAGAACAUGAUGGCCGCCUGUGAUCCUCGUCACGGCCGCUACCUGACUGUUGCUGCCAUGUUCCGUGGUCGUAUGUCCAUGAAGGAGGUUGACGAACAGAUGCUCAAUGUCCAGAACAAGAAUAGCAGUUACUUCGUAGAAUGGAUUCCUAACAACGUCAAGACCGCUGUCUGUGACAUCCCUCCCCGUGGUCUUAAGAUGUCCGCCACUUUCAUCGGCAACAGCACCGCCAUCCAAGAACUUUUCAAGCGCAUCUCUGAGCAAUUCACAUCUAUGUUCAGACGAAAGGCCUUCCUUCAUUGGUAUACUGGUGAGGGUAUGGACGAGAUGGAGUUCACUGAAGCUGAGAGCAACAUGAAUGACUUGGUGUCUGAGUAUCAGCAGUACCAAGACGCCACCGCGGAAGAAGAGGGCGAGUUUGAAGAAGAAGAAGAGGAAGAGGAAGAACCAUAAAUUUAUUAGAUGUCCUUAUCAUUUUUAUAAUUUACCAAUAUCACCCCAUCUUUGCACAUCUCAUAUUUUAUGUCCAUAUUACCUAAUACAUAUUUCACAAUAGAUUUUAAUUGAAUGUUGUACACCUCAUGUUCACAG